AUGAAAGAACAUCGGGAAGAUACUAUUGUGUGGAAGUUUGAUAAGAAGGGUGUCUUCUCUACUAGUUCCUUUCUGCAGGUCAUUCAAUCGGAAACUCUGACAGAUGAAAUCACAAGCUAUAGCUUCACCAGUGCGAUUUGGAGAAGCGUGGUACCUCCGAGAGUGGAGCUAUUUGGAUGGUUUGUGCUAGUUGGUAGAGUUAACACCAAGGAGCGGUUGAGCAGAUUGGGGGUUAUUCCUAAUAGUGAUAAUGUCUGUGUUUUAUGUAAAAAGGAGAUAGAAUCUGUGCAACACUUAUUUCUUCUGUGUGAGGUUACAUGGAAACAAGAGCAGAAGAAGUGGCUGACUGAAUUUUUUGCAGUGAUCUGGAACAUCUUGUGGGAACGGAACGAUAGAAUAUUCAGGAAUAAAGAAGCAGGUGUGGAGGAAAUACAAAGCAGGACGGUAUACGAGACUAAUAUUCAAUAUUAA